GUUGAACCUGGCCAGAGUGAGGACGUUUUAAAAUAGCCGCGUGGACAUUUAGAAUUGUUAUCGUGGGAUUGAAACCAGAGUUAGAACUGUGGAGGUUAAGAGAAUAACAGCCCUAGACGGGUGAGUUAUCAGUUAUCUUGGAAGUACAGCGGAGGAUGUUAUAAGUGAGGAUGACUCUGGUGCUGAGAGCGUGAAGAGACAACUGUUAGAAGUGUCUCUCAGCCUGGCGCAAGUGUGUGUUGAUAGCUUGUUGACAGAGCAAGAUGAGAGGUGCUUCCAGCACUGGUACCAGUACCUGUCCCUGCACUGGUCCCAGCACUGGUCCUAGCACUGGUCCUAGCACCAGUAGCGGUGGUACACACACACCACAACACGCUGGAAUUAAGUCAUCUCUGCUGCUGCUGCUGUUACUGCCCUCUGCUGCUACGACUGCUGUGAUGCUGCUGCUUCUGCUGCUGCUAGCUUCCGUGACUGCUGCAGGACCGUCACCCAGUAAUCCCCCUGGAAUAGACUGGAGUCAGUGGUGGACCUACGAUGGUAUAUCCGGGCCACGGUUCUGGGGCGUCAUCAACCCCGCCUGGGGGAUGUGCCGGGACGGUCGUCGACAAUCGCCCAUCAACGUCGACCCCAAGACUCUCCUCUUCGAUCCCAACCUCACCCCCUUCACCCUCGACAAGGUCACGGUGGGCGGGGAACUGCUCAAUACGGGUCACAGCGUGGAGUGGAGAGCCGCCCAUAACGCCCACGCCAUCAACGUGACGGGCGGACCACUGAGCUACGCCUACACACUCACCCACGCCCGUCUACACUUCGGUGAGAGGGACCAACAAGGUUCAGAACACCUCUUAGAUAACAAGGCUUUUCCUGCAGAGCUUCAGCUCUACGGGUACAACUCACAGCUCUACAGAAAUUUCAGUCAGGCGUCGGCUCAAGUGUAUGGUGUGGUGGGCAUUGCUCUGCUUAUACAGCUGGGUGAGAGAAUGACGCCAGAACUACGAGUCUUACUGGAAGGUAUUGACAUUAUUACGUAUGGAGGUUCGUCAGUGAAGGCAGCAUCACUGGUGGUGAGUGGGCUGCUGCCUUCCACCGAACAUUACCUCACCUACGAAGGCUCCCUCACUGAACCAGCCUGCCACGAGACUGUUACCUGGAUCAUCCCUAACAAACCUCUCUACAUCAAUGUUGCUAUGAUGCGUCAGCUUCGUGCCCUGAGACAAGGUAACUCUACCCUGGCCAACGCACCUCUCUCCAACAACUUCAGACCCGUGCAGACAGCUCACCACCGCACCAUACGGACCAAUAUUAACUUCACCAACAAACAGGAUGAGCGCUGUAGGAUAUCAGACCCAAGACUCGUAUACAAAGCUGGAUCAUGGUUGGAUUCAUGAUGUCUAUCAGUUGAGUACCGAGGCUGAGAUGUUCUCUAACUCAGCUCAUGAUAACAGCACCGUCCUAGUCCCUGAUACUGCUGCUACUGCUGCUGCUGCUACUGCUGCUGCCUCUGUUACUGCUGCCACUGUUGAUGUUCCUUCUGUUGCUGCUACUACUGCUGCUGCCUCUGUUACUGCUGUUCCUGCCACUGGUGAUGCUCCUCCUGCUGCUGCCUCUGUUACUGCUGUUCCUGCCACUGGUGAUGCUCCUCCUGCUGCUGCCUCUGUUACUGCUGCUGUUUCACAUGCUGCUGGAUCUUCCACUGACUACGUUACUUCUGUUGCGUUUACUACUGCAGCUGUUGCGUCACUGCUAGACACUACGUUCAUCUCUCCUGCUGUUGUUACUGCUGCUACUGCUACUUCUGCAGGAAUCCCCUCAACUCCCCACAGUCGUCAGCGCCUCCGUUCAUGUCUCUGAGGCUACGACAGUCACUCAUGAUUCUCAUAUGCACAGACUGGCAACUGUGAAGGACCAACUCUCUCUCUCUCUCUCUCUCUCUCUCUCUCUCUCUCUCUCUCUCUCUCUCUCUCUCUCUCUCUCUCUCUCUCUCUCUCUCUCUCUCUCCCUCUCUCUAGUCUUGAAGUAAGACUAGCAAACAUGAAAUCUUCCAUGGUGAAUUUUUAAGAAUUUGAUAGAAAAAACACCUUGUGUUUUUUCUGAAAAUGUUGAAAAAUUCAUUGAUGUACAGUUUGUUUUUUGUAAUAUUUAGA